GUGAAGUUGUCCGGCAAUAACGCCACACAUUCGAUUCACAGGAUUUAAGAAACAUACAUACGAGAGAUCCAGUGCUUAUUAUCAAACAUGGCUUUGGAUAAUUAUGCCCUUGUAUACUUGAUAUUGGCUACAAUCUGCAUUCAACAUACAUUAGCAUGUUCUUGUAUGUGGGCCCCUAACUUCCCUGAUCGCUACUGCAGUUCAGGAUUCGUUUUUCGUGGAAACGUACUAAGUGAAACAAUCGAUCAAAAGGGUAAUUUUGGAUUUGAAGAUAAAUACGUUUAUACAGUGGAGGUCAAUAAGGUGUAUAAAUCCACGGAGCUGGCAGAAGAAAAGGUGAGCGGCAAUAAUACAGUACAGCUUGAAACACCUAAAUACGGCUCCCUGUGUGGAAAACCACUGAUGCCUGACACUGAAUACCUUAUUUCAGUAACCCCCUAUAUGAUAGCCCGCGAGUCCAAGGUUAUGGGUAUCAAUAUGUGUGCAUGGAUCGAGGAGUAUCACCACGUCCCCCAAGCAGACAAACAAGCACUCGACGAUGAAGUUGAAUGUGGCUUUGACUGACAAAAGAUACAUAUUAGUCUUUACCGUGGGCGAGGGAACGUCGUUAUCAUAGAAUAAUGCAGAUUUAUUGAGAAGUCUAAAUUGCAUACAAUGAAGGCUAAGCUGUCGGUUCGUGCUACUGGCAUGAACGGCUGGGAAAAUACCGUCAAUUCACAUCAGUAGCUGAUAUAAAGUAUCGUGCUUUUGAGUCGUUGUAAGAGAACAAUAAGCGCUUUGGAUCUGUCAAAGUAAUUUCCAGUUUGUAUUAAAAUAUUUUGAUGAAAAGC